AUGCUGCUCAACAUUGUUACAGGGACCAAAACUAUCAUCUUUACCAGCUGUAUUGCCCCGGACUUUUUUCACAUUUUCCUAGGGGCCACAGAGUUCUUCCUAUCCAUGAUCAUGCCCUAUGACUGGCACACUGCCAUCUGCAAGCCCCUCUACUACCCCAUCCUCAUGAGCAGCAGAGUCUGCACGCAACUCUUCCUUACCUGCUGGCUGGCAGAGUUCUGUUUCAUCAUUGUGCCUGUCAUCCUGACCAGUCAGCUUCCUUUCUGUGAGGCCCACAUCAACCACUUCUUCUGUGACCACAUGCUUCUGAUGGAGGUGGUCUACAGUGGGCCAAAUAUGCUGGAGAUGGUGGACUUUACCCUGGUCUUGAAGGCACUGCUCAGCACAAUCGUUCUGAUCAACCUAUCCUAUGCCCAGAUCAUUUGGACAAUUGUCAGGAUCCCCUGCCCCCAGGAGAGGAAGAAGUCUUUUUCUACUUGCUCCUCCCACAUCAUUGUGGCCACCAUGUGCUAUGGAAGUUGCUUCUUCAUGUAUGUCAAGCCCUAUCCAGGCAAGAGGGUUGAUCUCAACAAAGAGGUGUCCCUAAUCAAUACAAUUAUUAACCCCCUCUUGAACCUUUUCAUCUAUACCUCAGGAACCAACCAGUUAAGCAGGUGGGGAAAGACCUGGUCAGAAAAAUGA